UGUCACAUAUGUCAGAUUGGCUUAAUUUUGUACUGAAAAUAAACAGGUUCUUUUUCUUUUGGUAACAAAAAAAAACUAUAUAGUAACAACCAGCUAUGGAAGAAAAUAUGUCAGAUGAUGACAAUAGGGAAAAACCUUCAGACAGCCCAGAUAGCCCAACAGAAAAUGCGAAAAGGUUAAAGACUGAUAGUGGAUGUCUGGAAAAGUCUGAGGAAUCUUCAAGUUCAUCCAACACAACAGAACAGGAAAGUGCUAGUACCAGUACCGAUAGUGGUUUUCCCAGAAGCCGAAACUCCAAACACAGAAAUUAUCGAACAAGGACUAGCGAUGAGGCACAGGAAAACCAAAGUGAUAACGAAGAAGAUUCUGCGAUGCGGGAGGAAGAAUCUGAAGACAACAUGCUCCCUCUUUCGAGUCCGGCCAGCUCCGAUUCCACAGUGAUACACGACACAGACACGGAUUCCGACGAAGAGGUGCACCCCACAUUGAAGAAGCCCAAGCCGAAACACAAGUGGUUCAUAAUCCCUGAGGUGGUAACGAGACAGGUAGGCGUCAGUUCCAAAUACCAGAGCCCCGAGCUGUUCCAGAGACGUUGCUACGGCUCGCUGCACAGUGUACAGAGGUUAGAGUUAAUGUAUAAAUUAGAAGAACAUGACGGCUGUGUAAAUAGUUUGAAUUUCCACCCCGACGGGUCGCUCUUGGCCAGCGGCUCGGACGACCUCAAGGUCGUCAUUUGGGAUUGGAAGAUCGGCAAGUGUCUGUUGAAAUAUGAUACCAAGCACAGGGGAAAUAUCUUCCAGAGCAAGUUCCUGAAUCUUAGCGGGGAUUUACAUAUCGCCACAUCGGCUAGGGACGGACAGGUGAGAAUUGCUCAAAUUUCGAGGGAAGAAGGAGUUCGUGAUAACAGAAAGUUGGGCUCGCACAGAGGACCCUGCCACAAGAUCGCCGUACUUCCCGAACAGCCCCACAUCAUCCUCAGUGCAGGAGAAGACGGCCUGGUGCUUAGCCACGAUGUCCGCAAAAAUAAACCUGAGAGGAUAGUCCAAGUCCGGGACGACGACAGAGAAGUCGCACUGUACAGCAUACACGGACACCCUUUAAAGACCCAGGAAUUCUGUGUCAGCGGCAGAGACGACGUCGUCAGGGUCUACGACCAAAGAAAGAGUAACGAUCCCCUAGCCACUUACCACCCUUUCAAAAGAAAUCAGUCCGAAUAUGCGGGUCUGCACGUCACCUGCGCCGUCUACAACCACGACGGGUCCGAGAUUCUUGCCUCUUACAAUGACGCCGAUAUCUAUCUGUUCGACGUGAACGCUCCCCCAGGCAACUUCGUCCACCAAUACCAGGGCCACAGAAACGGGGCCACGAUAAAGGGUGUCAAUUUCUUUGGGCCCAGGUCCGAGUUCGUCGUCAGCGGCUCCGAUUGUGGCAACGUUUACUUCUGGGAGAAGAACACUGAGGCGAUAGUGCAGUGGAUGCUCGCGGACGAUAACGGCGUGGUGAACUGUCUCGAGCCGCACCCUCAGCUUCCCUUCAUAUGCACCAGUGGCCUGGACUGGGACGUAAAGGUGUGGGUGCCGUCCUGCGAGAAUGAACCAACGAUGCCGGAACUCGCACAGACGAUAAAGAACAACAAUAAGUCGCGGGCGAAUUGGUCCACGACAUCCGCCGACAUCAAUGAGAGCCAGAUGCUGUGGAUGCUGUGGAGGCACCUGAGGAGCACCAACCACAUGCGGAGAGUCGUCGCCAGCGACACGGAAAAUUUCGUCCUUCAACUGCAGACUAACUACAGCAGUUCCGCGAGCUCGUCUUCCUCAGAUAGCGCCAGCAACGACGAGGAUGACGUACUAGACGGACCCGCCGGAUGCUCUGCUUCAUAAUGAUCCCCUGCGGUUGUAUCGACAUGUAUAUAUUAUAUAUCACAACGCGAUCGAAAACUGUUAGGGUAAAAAAUCGCCACAAAAUCACGUAAAAUGGUUAUAUAUAUAAUAUAUUUUUUGCAAAACUGUAAAAGUCGGUAUCUCAUCUUUCUUUUAUAAAGUUACUUGUGAAUUUAAAUAAAUGCAGUUUGAAGUUUUUACUAAUUUUGUAUUUUUCCUAAAUUACUUCAACUAUACACACUCGAAUGUGCAGUGUGAAAAUUGAUCGUCUAUAAAAACUAUUUAAAAAAAAAUUUCGAUAAUUUUUUUUUAUAAACAAUAUUAUAUAAAUAAGUUAAAAUUGAUGUUAUAAAUACACAAAAGGAUGGUUAUCGUACCAUUUCAUAUUUUCUAAAGUUGUGAAAUGUAUAAAAAAAACAAAUUUUCUCUCGCUUUACUGAAUUAUUUCUAGUUGUUCUAGGGUUUAAAAGAGGCAUAAGUAAAAUUCCUCUGUAUUAAUGGAGACUCACAGCAUCCGCCAAAUUAUUUUUUGAAAUCUACAAAAAUCAGCAGUCCUCAAAAUUUCAAACAUGAAUUUAAAUAACCUGAAACCCAAACUGUUCUCUCUGAUGUGAGUAAUAAAAUUCGACAAACGUCAUGAACUUUACUGUUUUACACUAUUUGCUUGACGUUGAUGGGCGUGUCGAUUUUUUACGAAUAACAUUUUCCUGUCUAUGAAUUCUGUUUGAUUAUUUUUUAGUAUACUAUGUUAUUAUAGUUAUACAUUAUAUUGUUAAUAAUGUAACUGGAUGGUUGUCCCAGAAAGACAAAACAAGAUAAUUAGUUAAUAAACCAUAAAUUGUGAUUAUUUUUAUCAUAUUUAUUAUUAUUAGCAAUUAAAAUAGUAAUUUUU